AAUGACAAAAAAUCUGGCAGAUAAGUUAACUUAUAUUAGAUAUGCUCAAAUAGCGAGCUUAUUUGGAUCAUCUGCAGUAUUCUUUUGCGAUUCAAUAUCUCAAGGCUUGAAAAUAUAUGAAAGAUUUCAAUUAAUUACUAUUCUCAUUGGAAUAAUAGCUUUUAUAUGCCUUAGAUAUACAGGAUUGAAUGCUAACAGUAGAUAUGAUUUAUCCCAAUUAUUGGAGAAAGAUAGCGAAGAGGAGGAAGAAUCUCUUUCUAUGAUGCAAGCAACAAAACAAAUUCUAACUAGACCAAUGAUAACAUUUGUCAUUAUGAACUUUUUUCAUGUUUAUAGAAUGAACUUUGUCUCAAAUUUUGCAGUAAUAAUUUGCGAUCAACUUAUUAGUAAGGAGAUCUUAAGCAACUUCAAUAGAGCAUUCUUCUAUGGACUAUUAAAUUUCUUACCUCAACUAUUGCUGAUUAUUGGUACACCUCUAAUUUCUUCUUUGGGUUAUUAUAGAAUAAUUAGGGCAAGUUUUGUAGUGUCUCUUUGUAGUGCUACUUGCCUUUUUAUAUUAGGAAGAACUAAUGUUCCUGCCCUUAUGAUAUUCUUUUUACUCGAAAGUUGUAUGAUAAAUGGGAUGUUUAGCGUUUUCAAUUUACCUCUUACUGACGUCAUUGAAUCUGAUCAACGAAACUAUAAAAGAAGUCGCCCUUUGUCCUCAAUGGUUUAUGGUACAAAUGCAUUACUAACGAAACCAGCUCAAUCAUUGGCUCCCAUGAUUACUGUUGCAAUCUUUAAUGUCUAUGGUUAUUCAUCGAAAAAUAGUGCAAAAUCGUCUAACGAACUAAAAUGCCGACCGGAUGGAGCACCAUUAUCUGCUUGUACAAGCAUGACUCCAUUCCAUACUGGGAGUCCUCAACAAAGUUCACCACGAUACCGAAUAUCCCUAAAUAGCUUGACUUACCGAUCUGGAGUAAGAAUAAGUGGUUCAAUACUGGCCGAUGGAGGUGAGACUUUUCGGGGUUUUCUAAUUCAAGCAAGAAGAGUUGGUACAGCUGAAAGGGUUGGUGGUUUUAUUGUUCAAAAUGGAAAUGAUGCAAGAAUUUUAAGUUGUGAUGGAUCAAAUUCUCUAACAUCUAUGACUCAUACUAAUAGGAAUGACAAGACAAGAAUAAAUUUUGAGUGGGUGGCAUCUCAAAAUUAUGGGGAUAUUGAAUUUGUAAUGACUAUUGUAAGGAACUAUAACACUUAUUGGACUUUUAUAAAAUCAGAGAGAUUGAGAUAUCUAGCCAAUCAACCAUGUAAUCCUAACCCAUGUAGUAAUGGUCAAUGCUCAGUUAACGGAAAUACUUUUAGGUGUACGUGUUUCACCGGUUGGACUGGGGAUAGAUGCGAUCAACGAAUCAAUAGGUGCUCCCCUAAUCCAUGUGUCCAGGGACAAUGCUUCGAAUCGAAUAAUGAUUACACUUGCCAGUGCUUUUCGGGUUAUACAGGAAGAAAUUGUGAUCAAAGAGAUUUUUGUAGUCCUAAUCCAUGCGCUAGGGGUUCAUGCAGUCGUUUGAGCAAUGGUUUUCGUUGCAAUUGUCCCUCUGGAUACACUGGUAAUAGAUGUGAAACCAGAGAUUUUUGCAGUCCUAAUCCAUGUGUUAGGGGUUCGUGCAGUCGUAUGAGCAAUGGUUUUCGUUGCAAUUGUCCCUCUGGAUACACCGGUAAUAGAUGUGAAACCAGAGAUUUUUGCAGUCCAAAUCCUUGUAGGAAUAAUGGCGAAUGUUCCAAUGGUGCCAAUACGUUUGUUUGCAGAUGCCCAGCUACACAUUCAGGAACAACUUGCGAAUCUCCAGUUGAAAAUCUUUGUCAAGUAUAUAAUCCUUGUCUACCCAAUGGGAGAUGCGAAGAGGUAGAUAGAGUCGCAAGGACGAUAAAAUGUGUAUGUAAUACGGGUUUCGGAGGAGACCUUUGCAAUCAAAGAAUACAAAGUGCAUGCUCUAGACAAAACCCAUGCGAUCGUGUUGGAGGAGUUUGUCAAGAUGUCGAUCAGACAACUGUCGUUUGUAGAUGUAAUGCGGGAUAUAAAGGAAACACGUGCAAUCAAAGAAUAGAACUUCCUUGCAGUGAAUGGGGACAAAAUUGCGGAAAUGGUAGAUGCGAAAACAUUGGAACAACUAAUUUGAGAUGUGUUUGUAAUCAGAAUUGGUUCCAUCGUUAUGGACAAGUAACAUGUAAUACAAGUAAUGCCUGUGAAGCUUUUCCUUCAGGCCAACCUUGUGUCAAUGGACAAUGUUUUGCCAAUGGACCUACUGCUUUUUGCGUUUGUAAUUCUGGCUGGACUGGAGAUAGAUGUCAAACAAGACGCUAGUUUUAGGAAGCAGCAAUAUUAAAUUUUCACAACUUAAUAAUGCGCUCUUAGCAACAUACAGUUUAGUUUUAUUAGAUUAUCCGAGUAGAGUUUUAGUUUCUCUUCAAGACAAUAUAAUUGGAAAACUUGCUUCUAAAAUUUUUUUAUUGAAUGUAAUAAACAGAUAAAUAUGAAUAUUCAA